AUGGUCACAUCAGCCUACCUGCGCGGCGUCUUUCAUCUCCGACGACCCGACGCAGCGCGGCUGCCGCCAAAGCCUGUCAAGUCCCAAGCGCCCGACUUGGAUCAAAACCCCAAGCGGGAAGAUGUAGUGUUGCACCUCGAACGCGACUCGCUGCGAGAAGAACUCGCAGUCUUUGUCAGCCAACGCCAACUGACGUCGCUGCGUAUUCCGCUACCGCGUCACUGGACGAUGAACCACCGAGCAUCCUUGGAUGCCAUUGCGGCCUCGGUGCACGGCCUCACGGUGGCCAUCGACGACGACGCGCUUAUCGCGUCGCUUCCCAACACGAACGACGCACCCGAAGUCUUUGUCAACGUCCCUGAGCUGGCUGCGAAAGGUCGCGACUCGUUUGUUGCGCACCUCCGCCAUGACCGCAUGGAUUCUGCGGGCGGUCAUCGAGUGCACAUGCUCUGGGAUGUCGCCCAGUUGCAGUCCACAAACGCGCACGCAUUCGAGUCCGUCGUGGGCGGCGAAGGCGGCGUCUAUGCGCUGUCGUCGUCGACGUCCGGCGCCAAGGUCGUCAUGUUCAAGCCCACUGAGGAAGAGGUGUUUGUUCGCGAAGGCCUCUGCGCGGGCGAAGGCGCCGUGCGCGAAGAAGCCGCCUAUGUCUUGGACGCUGCGAUGGGCGGUUUUAGCGGCGUUCCCCCCACGGCCGUCGCUCGGCUCCACAUGGCCAACUGCAAACGCAAGAAGCCCAGCGGCACCAACAACUCUGGCUGGUUCAAGCUCGGAGCAGUCCAGCGGUUCAUGGCCCCAAGCGCCGGCAGUAUGGAAGACUUUGGCAUGCCCCAUGCGCUCGAGAAAGCUGUUCAAAUGGCUUCCGUGGAUCAAGUCCACCGCAUUGGGCUCCUCGAUGUGCGUCUCUUCAACACGGAUCGCCACGGCGGCAAUCUUUUGCUCCUCGGCAAGACCGCACCAUACAAACUCGUGCCCAUUGACCACGGCUGUAUCCUUCCGAGCUGGGACCGUCUCAGCGAAGCGCGUCUGGACUGGGCCACGUACCCGCAGGCCCAAGCGCCGUUUAGUCCUGCGAUGCGACAACACGUCGCAGCCUUGAAUGCAUCGGCGGACGCCCAUCGCCUUCGCCGUCUUGGCAUUCGUGAAGAGUGCAUUGCAACGCUAUCCAUUUGCACGCUCGUGCUCAAGACAGCGACGCUGGCCGGCAAAUCCCUGGCGUGGAUCGGCGCCUACUUGAGCCGAGAUGGCUGCUUUGAAGCGCCGUCACGGCUGGAAGAAGCUAUCGCGCGCGCGUGCACUGCAUGCGACAUCCCUUAUUUAUGGACCAAGAACGACCACGGCGAAGCCCGCUUCGACGUCACCGACGGGAUUCUGCGCCGUCGCCCCCCAAACAUCUUUUACACCUGCCUUCAAAAAGCCGUGACGCUCGACGUGACGGCGACCAAGUAAAGAAAACAGUAGUAUUUUUAUCCAAGUAUUUUGAAAGAUUGAUACAUAAUGCAUGCACUUUAGCCUACAAC